AUGAAUCAGAUCAAAUCAAUACAGAAACUGAGCUUAAAAGAAUUGGAAUGUGGAAUCCUUAAACCAGAGGCUUCUUGGCAUGAACAAUAUAAAGAUCAGGCAUACAUAUACUUCGGUGGGAUGAAUUUGAAACUGACUGAAGGCGAUAUAUUAACUAUUUUCUCUCAGUAUGGCAUUCCAGUAGAUAUCAAAUUGGUAAGAGAUAGAGAGACGGGAGAAUCGAAGGGGUUUGGUUUUCUUAAAUAUGAAGAUCAAAGGUCAACCAUCCUUGCAGUAGACAAUCUAAACGGCUCAUCAAUCGCAGGGCGCGUUGUAAAAGUAGAUCAUACGCUAUAUACUCCUCGAGAUGAAGACAAAGACUACACAGAAGCAGUGAAGGAAGAGCUGAAAAAAGAUAGAGUUCCGAAACACAUUUCGGAGACAACGAUACAAGGCGCAUCACGGAUUACCAUGAACGACGAGGAUUUUUCGGACCCCAUGGCUGGCUUUCUGAAAAGUGCAUAA